UUGAUUCCAAUAUCCCGCGGAAGAGUAGGGAAAGUUAGUGCCGCGAAAAGAGGCGGAGACGACAUCGAAAGUGCGCUUGCGUCAUCGGGGGGCGUGGUCAAUCGAAACUGUGGUGUGUGUGUGUGUUUUUUUUUUCCCUCCUUUCCCCUUCCUAGGAAAAGAUCGUUAGACUCUUCUGUUUUCCGGGACGAGGUUGUAAGAGUUUAAAGUGCGCAUGCGUUCAAUGAAGAUAGACGUAUAUAAUAAGAAUUGGCGCCUUUUGCGGGAGGUCAGUCGUGGUGUUAGAAUGGGAAGAGAAGGAUCUCUAUGAGAUCAGAGGAAAAGACAGCAUUCUUACAGCAGAGGAUUUUUAUUUUACUAUGGCGGUUCAGAGGAAUACACGGUUAAGAACCAAAAGAUCUUCUUCCAGAAAUGCAGGCAUAGACAUUGAGAGUUGCAUUUCUAGGAGUCCAGUUUCACUCCCUAGAUUAGGAAACAGUGUAGGAGAUUGUAAAUCUUUUCUAGAAAGUAACUUGGAACUUCAAUCCAAUGCUAAAGAACCAGAAAUUCCUGCUAUCUGUUUGCAGGAUGGGCCCAGUACUGGAGAUAUUUCUAAGGACUGUUUUUUCAAAAGUGAUGAAAAGGACACUAUUCGAAGAAAGAUUCAAAUCAGAAAAUCUAAAAAGUCUUCUGAAAUAAGGAAUGUCAUUGGUGGCCAAAAUAAAAUACAGAGUCUAUCAGCGUGUAAAAAACAGGCACAAAGCAGUAAACGUGCCAUAUGUAAGAACAAAAUGUGUGUGCUUAAUAGUGAUUCCAGUGAAAACAAAGUAUGCCGAAGAAGCUCAAGGAAAAGAAAAAUAUGUUUUAAGGAUGAACUGUUGUUUGAACCAAAAACAGAACAGAAUGAUAAACAGAUUGAACCGUUCUUAGAACACCAAACAAGCACGGAAAUAUUAAAAUGUACUGAGAGUUCUUGCAGCAGAAUCUCUGCAGCUGCUAAUAAAAACCUUUCAGGAGGAGAAAUGCAAAGAAAAUUAAUGGCUUCAGAGAGUGAAAGUAAACAGAAGGCUUCUACUGUGGAUGUUUCCCAGAUGUGCCAAGAGAAACCUUUUACAUCAGCCAAAGAGAGCCAUACUCCCCAAAGAACCCAAGUGGAAAGGCGGAAAACCAGUCCAUAUUUUUCCAGAAAAUUAAUCAAAGAAGCUCCAAGUCCACCAAGAAGGAAAGCUUUUAGGAAAUGGACUCCACCUCGUUCUCCUUUUAAUCUGGUUCAGGAAACACUUUUUCACGAUUCAUGGAAACUUCUGAUUGCAACUAUAUUUCUGAAUAAAACCUCAGGAAAGAUGGCUAUCCCUGUGUUGUGGGAAUUUUUUAAGAAAUAUCCUUCACCAAAAGUAGCAAGAACUGCCAAUUGGAAAGAAAUGUCAGAAUUGCUUAAACCUCUUGGCCUAUAUGAACUCAGAGCAAAGACCAUUGUCAAAUUUUCAGAUGAAUAUUUGGUUAAACAGUGGAAAUAUCCAAUUGAAUUACAUGGAAUUGGAAAAUAUGGAAAUGAUUCUUACAGAAUUUUCUGUGUGAAUGAAUGGAAAGAGGUACAGCCGCAAGACCACAAAUUGAACAUUUAUCAUUCCUGGCUAUGGGAAAAUCAUGACAAAUUAAAUCUUAAUCAUUAGCUCUCUAUAAUCUCUUGGCAACCCCUUUCUCAUUUUUUAAACUGCUUUUUCUCCUAUCCCACUUGAUUAACUAUAAAUAUGUGUCCUUUUAUAUGCCUGUUCAGAAUUUAUUAAAUUUUAUUCUAUUUCUCAUUUUCACUCCUUUGAUCAUGGAAAUUUUAAAUACUGAAGUUUGUUUACUGUAAUACAUCAGAACACA